UUCUCUAAUGAUCUGUUUAAAAUGCAUGCAAAUUAUUGAUUAGUUAGAUACUGUAUUUGGUGUUUCAACAGUUUGUUAUUAUUUUUUUAGGAAACAAAGCAUAAUCCAUUUGGUUGCACAAUAAUUACUACAUACUAUCUGCUACUUAAACCUGAUGGAGAUUAGCCUAACUGGCACAGUCCAUUGCAACAUCAAGAGUUUCAUCAUCAUCCAGCAGGUGUAUCUGUAGUGAAAGCCUAGUGCCUUAGAAGAAGAUAGGAGAUAGCUACAUAGCUGAUCAUACAAGAUCCAAACCUAAAGAGUAAAGAAAAAUACACGCAAACAUGAUUUCACAAGCUCUUGCUUCCCUCAUGUGCCACAAUCUUUUUAGAUAGCUUAAUUUUGAUGAGUUUGACAGUUUGUGUUCAGGUUUACCAAAGGUUGAUGGAGAUGUUUCAGGUAGGAAACAUUAGUUGCCAUGCCAGUGGGCACUACAAACUCAGGUGUGAUUCAGUUGAGUACCAGGAGAUCAGACCACAGUGGUGAGAAGUCCAGAGAGCAAUUCAAUUCAGAGAGAUCUUGGGCAGAAAAUCUGUCCUGUGUGACAAUGUCAGCAAGAGGGUUACAGAGUUGCAGAGAGACAUGCGGGGAGGGGUGGUGGACAAGAUUCCAUCCCAUAUUCAUAAAUUUUAAAGAUUAGAAUUUAAGUUCAUAGUUUUAAUUUUCAACAGCCAACACUUUAUGUAGCUCAUAAGCAGAAAACAGACAUCUAUACUGUGUUUGGAUUUAUAAUAUACAAUCAUUAUUCAUCAUCAUCAUCCCCCCAAAAGACAGUAUUGUGACACAUUGGAAAGACUAAUUGAAACAACAAUAGUAAAAACUGAAUAUGACAGACAGUGAAACUUGUUCUAGUGUGUUGAUAAUGGUAACUAGCCCUGGAGUCUAAGAUUUUGAGCUCUGCUUCAUACUGGCUUCUGUUAUACGACCUCUGAAAUGUCCUUAUUUUGUGUUGUAAAAUAGCCCAAAAGGAUAGUUGGACAAAAUUUUGUAAAAGCAGUAAGAUUUGAGAAAGUAUUUAUUAGAGAGAAGUGUGAGGAAGAAUAAAAAGGAAUAAAAAUAAUGCCAGGAACAUGUGAAGAAUUAGAAAAAAACUGUCAGAAUUUAAGCUUUGUCAGAAAGGUAUAACUGGAUAAAAUACAAUGGAAUUAAAGUGCUUAAGAAAUCCAAGGAAAAGUGAUCUGAAGUUGAAUAGGUAAAAUCCUCCCUCCUGAGUUAUUUAUAAUUAGGUUGGAUAAUUUUCCAAACCUACAACAUAGUCAAGGAAAGAAGAACCAAAUUAUCUUUUUCAUAUUCAGUCCCUCCAAGUACUUUUAUGGUUGCGACUGGAGUUUUGCACUGUUUACAAUCAGAGAAGUCCUAUUUCUCUAUAGCAUCUUUCUCCACUUGUAAGAAAUAAUGUACUCAUAUUGUGCACAGCAUUUUGUGGUGCGUAAUACUACUAAUCAAUUUCUUCAAGCCUAUCUUCUGUGUUCUACUGAACAUCUACUAAACGAUUAGCCACCAUUAGUUUUUCUUUGCCAUAGAUAAUUAACCAAGCUAUAAUUAGCUCUUAAUACCCACAUGUCAGUAUACAGUGGUAACUUAAAAGUGUUGGCUGAUGGUGUUUACUUCAACUACAAAUAAAGGGGGGAGGGGACUUUCUUUUUUCUUAAAAAGGGCUUUUCUUGCCAGAUUUCAGAAAAGCAUACCUUUUCUCAAAUAACUUGAUAAAAAAAUGAUCUAUGUAAUAAAAUCCAACUCAGAUGUUAACUUUUCAGGAAGCCAUGCCUGAUUCCCUAUAAUCAGAAUCAGUUUAUAUCUUCUUUUUUUGUUGUUUGUUUCAAGAGAACUCUAUUAUUUUUUGAUUCAAAUAAUGGUUUUGAAUAACUCUUCAUCAACAUAGGACAAAAAUCUCAGAAGUUGCCACUCAAAGAAAUUCCAUCCACUUUUUUCCCUCAGCCACCAGCUCUCCUUUCUGGAGACAAACAACAUAAUUAGUCCUUGAGUGUCCCUCCAGAUAUAUUUCUUAGUACUCAAACUAUAUACAUAUACAUGAACAAAUAAAUAUAAAUACAAAUAUAAGUAUAUCCCUUUCUCAGAAAAAUAAUGGCAGUAUUCUAUACACAUCUUAUUUCUUAAAAAUAUUAAAUAUAUGUAUGAAUAUGUAUAUAAAACAAAUAUAUACCUUAAAGAAUAAUUAUGGUAUCUGGUGAAUAUCCAUGUCAAUAUGUAGAAACAACCUCAUUCUUUGUAUAGUUGCAUAAUAUUCCAUUGGGUAGAAGUCCACAGUUUCACAACUUCUGAAUAAUGGACAUUCGAUUCCAAACUUGAUGAUUAUGGGCAAUGCUGCAAUGAAUAACAUGGAAGCAGAAUUUCUAGGUAAAAAGUUUUGUGCAUUUGUAAUUCAGAUAGAAAUUUCCAGUUUUCCGUUUCCUUUGGGAAUGCACCAUGGUCAUUUACUCUUUCCUCAUUACAAACAAUUUGGAGUCUGUGCCUGCACAUUUUACCUUGCUCAGAUUUUUACCUUGUUAAAAUAUGUAUGCUAUACAGAGAGAUGGGUGCCAUUUGUAAAAAAGCCAGUCCAACCGUAGUUUCCAAGACAUUCCUGUCACAACUCAGGCAGGAUAUAAAAUUAAGCCAUUAAAUUAAAUUAAAAUAUUGUGAUCUGACUAUAACCUUUGGUGUCUCACAUGCCUGCAGCUUCCACUCCAAUCUUGUGCCCUGACAUUCAGACCUAGUAUGUGAAGAAUCCAGGUCAAACUCUCCUGUGUCUUCCACAGUACCUUAAGGCGGAAGAUAAGGUUUUAUCUUAUCAUGAAAGUAUUAUCUGAAGGACAAUUAAGGUUUUGUGUUGUUCAACCAAUACAUCUCACAUCAUGGCUGCUCAUAUUCUUUAUUCUGAAGUCUAUCUCUUCUCUAAAACCUGCCCGACUUCCAAUUUAUCAAAGGAAACCUUUUAUAGCUGCUUGGAAUGCUCCAACGGAUCAGUGUUUGAAAAAAUACAAUAUAAGACUAAAUUUGAAAAUGUUUCAGGUGAUUGGAAGCCCACUGGCCAAGGCCAGGGGACAAAAUGUCACCAUAUUUUACGUCAACAGAUUGGGAUACUAUCCAUGGUAUACAUCACAGGGGGUUCCCAUUAAUGGGGGUCUCCCUCAGAACAUAAGUUUGCAAGUACAUCUAGAGAAAGCUGACCAAGAUAUUAAUUAUUACAUCCCUGCUGAAGAUUUCAGUGGACUUGCUGUUAUCGACUGGGAAUAUUGGCGACCCCAGUGGGCCCGUAACUGGAACACAAAAGACGUCUACAGACAGAAGUCAAGAAAGCUGAUUUCUGAUAUGCAAGAGAAUGUAUCAACUACUGAUAUUGAAUAUUUAGCCAAAGCAACAUUUGAAGAAAGUGCAAAAGCUUUCAUGAAGGAAACCAUCGAAUUGGGAAUGAAGAGUAGACCCAAGGGCCUAUGGGGUUAUUAUUUAUAUCCUGAUUGCCACAAUUAUAAUGUUUAUGCCCCGAAUUAUACUGGGUCAUGCCCGGAAGAGGAAGUGUUGAGAAACAAUGAGCUCUCUUGGCUCUGGAAUAGCAGUGCUGCUUUGUAUCCUUCUAUUGGUGUCAGAAAAUCUCUCGGAGACAACGAAAACAUUUUGCGCUUCUCGCAAUUUCGGGUGCACGAAUCCAUGAGGAUCUCCACCAUGACAUCCCACGAUUACGCUCUGCCUGUGUUCGUUUACACAAGGCUAGGCUACAGGGAGGAACCUUUAUUUUUUCUUUCUAAGCAAGAUCUAAUCAGUACUAUCGGAGAAAGUGCUGCCUUGGGAGCUGCGGGCAUUGUUAUCUGGGGAGACAUGAACUUAACUUCAUCUGAGGGUAACUGUACAAAGGUGAAGCAGUAUGUGAGCUCUGACUUAGGGAGCUACAUAGUCAACGUGACCAGAGCUGCUGAGGUAUGCAGCCUUCACCUCUGCCAGAAUAACGGGAGAUGCGUAAGGAGGAUGUGGAACUCUCCGGAUUACCUUCACUUGAACCCUGCAAAUUACCACAUAGAAGCCUCCGAGGAUGGAGAAUUUACCGUGAAAGGAAAAGCAUCUGAUACAGACCUGGAAGUGAUGGAGGAGAAAUUUUCCUGUCACUGUUAUCAGGGAUACGAAGGAGCUGACUGCAGAGAAACGAAGAUGCUGGAUGGCUGCUCUGGGGUUUUCUCUUUUUCUGGCUCACUGAUAACACUAUGCCUGCUGGUUUUAGCAGGUUAUCAAAGCAGUUGGUUGUGAGAUAAUUGAGUUUAAAGGGAAUUGUAUGGCCUGUAAUCACUUAGAGAAGAGAGGAAACUUAGGACAGUUUUUUUCUCUUAUGAAAUCCAUUGAGAAGUAUCAUAAGUAGACAUUAUGUAUGUCACUUAACAUAAACAGGAACAUACUGCUUUAUUUGACUCCGAUUUGGCUAAGAAACCAGAUCCAGGAAUAAAAUCA